UUUAAAAUCAUUACGUCAACUAAAAUGAACAUACAAGUUGUAGGGUGUAUAUUAUCUAAUUCUUUUCAUUUAACUAAAUAUAUAUUACUUAAUUUGGUGAAACAUCGGCACGAUUUAAUUAAUAAAUAUGUUAUUAAAGGUGUUAUGGACAUUGAAUGGACGAGAUGUUUAUGGAAAAUAAAUCAAAUUCUCGGUGGUGUGAAACGUCAAAAUACUGUAGCAAUAUUUAUCAAUGAAAACUAUAUAGGCAAUUGUAUAGAAUUUCAAAAUUAUAUGAGCUUCAAAUACAAUAUUACUAUGAGUGUGUGGUCUCUGAAUUAUAAACAACUUGCAUUGAUUGAUGUUGAAAAUUAUUAUAAUAAUGAUAAAUCGACAUUUGUACGUAUGGUUUUUGAAGUUAACAAUUGGGAAAUUGGUCACGUCGUUUUUGCUUUGUUUGAUAAAUUAGUUCCAAAAACAUGUAAAUAUUUCAAACAAUUAUGUAAUAAUAAAAUUGAAGGAUACUUAAAUAGUUCUGUUCACAGGAUCGAUAUAAAUAAUGGUUUUAUUCAAGCCGGGCGAAUCAUAAAUCAAAUUGCGUAUUUAAAAAAAGAAAACUUCUUAGUCAGUCAUGAUAGAAGAGGUGUGCUGUCAUUAGCUAGUAGACAAACAUAUUUCAAUGGUCCGGAAUUUAUUAUUAGUUUUCAACCAAAUCCUUGGAUGAAUAAUAAAUAUGUAGCGUUUGGACAUGCUGUCGAGGGCGAGAAAACCUUAAAAUUAAUUGAGAAAUUGUCGAACGCACAUGAAAUCUGUAACCAACAAAUACGUAUAACUUCCUGUGAUGUACUACUAAACUGCAAUACUCGUUCAGUCGUUGAAACAAAAUUAGAUACAUUUUUAUAUUCUAUUAUUGACAAAAUUAUACUCAAAGCUAUGUAUAUAAAUUCAUACGGCAAACCCAGACCUCUCCAUAAACCCAUCAUCACAAAUCUUCAGUACAUAGAAUCGAUUAUUCAGACCAUAACAACCAAUGUUAUGAGUAAAAUUAAAGACUUUGCACAAUCUCAAGAAAAUAUACCAUUUAAGGAUUAUUCAAAACUACCUGGUUCUAUUCCGAGCGCGCCAUCUAUCUGCAAGGAUGAAAUAAAAAAACAUUCACUCAUAAAGUUGACGCCAUAUUAUAUUGGUUUCAAUGGAACUACAAGUAACAUACACAAAAUUGAUAAAACUAUGUUGACAAUUAAAUCAAAACAGCCAAAACAUACGGGAGCUUGCAGUAAAAUAAAAAUCGACAAAAAUGUCAAGUAUGGUAUAAAUUUACCAACAAAUCAUAAGGACUAUUGGAAAUAUAAAAAAAUUUAUAACUGCAUUGCCAAUUGA